AUGGCAACAGAAAGGACCUACGGCUUCGACGACAUCUACACCCGAGGCAGAGACUACGGCCCCGUCGGGCGCAAGCGCAAGACCUACGACCGCGACCUCGACACCGACUUUGACCUCAGUCACGCAACCACCGCCUCCUCGCAGCUUGUGGGCCGCAGGCGCUUCGGCGGAGGCUUGUUCGAUCGCUUCGGCUACUCGCCCUUCGACUACACGCCUGGGUUCGACUAUGGCUUCGGACGUGGCGGCGGGUUCGACGACUUUGGCUACCCCGCCCUCACUUACCCGGGCGGCGGCCGCUUCGGUCUCCAACAGCCGCAGGCAAUCGGCGAGGCCGGCUACGACCUCGGCAUCACCGGCCGUAGGAGAGCGGACGAGACGAAGUACAGGAAUCUGAGGGACUGGAACCGGGUGGAGGAGAACCCCAACAUCGACGAACUCACCCUGUGGCGCCCGCGUGCCGACAUCUUCGAUCUGGGCUUGGGCGCGCUGAGGGUCGAGUUCGAGAUCCCGGGCGUGCCGCGGGAGGACAUCAGCCUCACGGUGCGCGACGACACCAUCAUCCUCACCGCCCUCAAGCCCCAGUCGCGCAAGGAGGAGGCCGGCUUCCACUACCAGAGCGAGCGCCACUUCGGCAAGUUCUACCGUCGCCUGGCCCUGCCCUUCGCCGUCGAUCCCAACUCCGUUCGCGCCUACCUCGAGCUGGGAGUGCUCAAGGUCCCGCCUCUGUUGGCCACCAUUGCAGUGCCGUGA